GGCAAGGAACCUCGUCUUCGUCGCUCUCUCGGGAGAGAGAAAGGCCCGAGAGAGCCAGAGCAACGCCGCAGCAUCCAGCAGCAGCGCUACUAGCGGCCGCUGAACGACUCCCCGUCCCUUGGCUCGUGUGGCAUGCGUGAAUCCGUGUGUGAGACCCACCUGCGUGGGUGUGCGUAGAUGAGCCUACCUGACGGCGUCCGACACGCAGUUCGAGCUCUUCUAUCUCGCACGGUAUACCGUCGGUCCGCGGGGAUAUUUUUUCCGAGUCAAAGUAUCGUCGAACGUGUGCCGAUAUUUAGCUUGUUUGUUUGUUUUGCCGAUUUUCUACUUCACUUUGCAAACGGCGACAUGAAGCCGUGGUGAUUGAUAAACGAGUGUCGGACGACUGGCCAUUCGGAGUACUCGAAGUGGAAGUGGGUAGAAUGUGCCAGACCAAACCUCCUCUUGGUGCAUUGCUCCUAGGCUGGACCAGUGAACCGAUCUUGUGUGAGUGAUCUUGAUAGAGUGGUUUCGGUAGUGCGUGUUCCGCGUUCUACUGCCUGCUUCGCAGCGGGCCCAGCUUCCUGCCCUCAAUUCGUUAAGGAGGAUCGAGGAGUCCCAAACAGAGACCUGGAAAUGCGAUCGCGGCUCCCUGGGAGUUUCGCAAAGGAAAUAUAGCCAGAAGGUACCUCCCGCAGAAUGCCGACCGACCUCGUCGUCUCCUCGGCGUCGGAGGACGUCGGCCGGGGUCGUGAUAUCCUGGGACCUUCGGCCCGGUCGGGCCCCGGCUCGUCCAGCUCGUCAUCCGGGGCCGGACCCUCGUCCUCGAGGAGCUUCGACCCCUCCGGUGCGCUGGCUGCGUACCACCAUCAUCACCACAGCCUGGUCGCCGGUCUGGGACAUCCGCACCACCGUGAGUCCUCGGCGUUCGUCCCGGUCGUCCCGUCGCGUCUCCACCUGGCCCCGUACCCGGGGGAGAUGCACUCCCACCUGUCGGGACCCCCGUCCUCGUCGACGUCGUCGAGCGGCGAGCACGACGGAGCCGAAAACACCGCUAGGAAGUCGUCCUCGAGCUACGAGAUCAUGGCCAUGAUGGCCGACAAGCGGAAGGAACUCGCGGCGAGGGCCCUCCUCCUCCCGCCCCCGCCUCUCCUCGAACCGCCCCCCGGGUACCCCGUAUUCGCGGGCCCCUUUCCGGGGAGCUCGGCUCUCUAUCCUCCCGGUGGACCCCUGGGUCAUCAGCAUCUCGACAGGCGGCUCCUCAGGGCGCCCGGGAGGGCCUCCAGACCGAAGAAACAGUUCAUAUGCAAAUUCUGCAAUCGGCAAUUCACCAAGUCUUACAAUCUACUGAUACACGAGAGAACUCACACCGACGAGAGACCCUACAGCUGCGACAUAUGCGGCAAGGCGUUUCGCCGGCAGGACCAUCUCAGGGAUCAUCGGUACAUCCACAGCAAAGAGAAGCCAUUCAAAUGCGGCGAGUGCGGCAAGGGUUUCUGCCAGAGCCGGACCCUGGCGGUCCACAAAAUCCUCCACAUGGAGGAAUCGCCCCACAAGUGUCCGGUAUGCGCCCGCAGUUUUAACCAGCGAAGCAACCUCAAGACUCACCUGCUUACGCACACGGAUCACAAGCCGUACGAGUGCACGUCCUGCGGCAAAGUGUUCCGGAGGAACUGCGACCUCAGGAGACACGCCCUGACCCACGCCGUCGGCGAUGUUCCCCCCGAGGCCCUCGAGGAGGCGAUGAGGGACGACGACAGCCCCGAGGAGGAUUGCGGCCCCGAGCCUGGACCCUCGUCCUCGGGCUGCUCAUCCCUGCCGGGCCCCUCUUCAUCCUCCUCGGCGUCAGCGUCUUCGACGGGUAACGGCGCCACCAGCUACCCCCCGCCAUCGCCUCAGCCCCCGAUGCAGGGCAGACCGCAGCUCCAGAUACGACGGGACCUACUCCAGGUGAAACCCUCGACGAUGACGAGCGGCGGGGGCCUUUCAACGAUGCAAAAUCCACCGCCGCCACUUCCCCCGCCUCCGCCGUUAAUCCUCACCUCUUACCGACGGCGGCUAGGCUCUCCGGGACCGUCGCGGGUCCUCCUUGAACUCCAAGAACGGGAACGGGAACGGGAACGCGGAAUCGAGAGGGAACUUGAGAGGGAACGGGAACGCGAGAGGGAACGGGAAAGGGAACGGGAGAGGCAGCGGGAACGAGAACGAGAACGAGAACGGGAAGAGGAGAACCGACCCCCCAGGGCACCAACCCCGCAACCACCGCCGCCUCCGAGACCAGCACCAGUCAGGCAAGGAUUCACAAUCGCCGACAUAAUGCGCCGGUAGGAUUUCCCUCUACGGGGUCCGGUAGGAGGUUAAUCGAGGAUGGAACUCUCUGCAGCAGGAU